AUACUGAAAACAUGCCCCUUUAUUUUUACUGAUAAUUAAUAUUGACAAUCACUUCCCAAGGAAUAAUUUCCUCCACAAUAGUUCUUGACAAAAAUUGUUUAAGUAAAACUAUCUAACACUGGCUAGGACAAACCAUUCCUAUUUGUUAUUUAAAAUAUGCCAAUUCACUUCUCUUUGAUUCCUAUUCUUGAGUCUCACUUGGGAAAAUAUCCCAAAACUAUUCCCUAGUAGUCUCUAAAUUGUUAAUAAUUCUCCUUAUUGGUAUAACUCCUUACUAAUUACUUAAUAAAGGUUUUGUUAAAGCUUGGCAGAAAUACAUUCGAGGACAAACAUUUCUAGAAAUGAGUGAUGGACCAAUCUAAGGGCAGGGAGACGACUAAGUGGCACAAUUGAUAGAACCCCAGGCCUGGGAGUCAAGAGGGAAUGGGUUCAAAUGUGACCUCAGACUUCCUAGCUGUUUGACCCUGGGUUAGUCGCUUAACUUUGUUUACUUCAAGUUUCUUCAUGUGUAAAACAAGCUGGAGAAGGAAAUGGCAGGCCACUUAGCUAUCUCUGCCAAGAAAACCCCAACUGAGGUCAACAGUCAGGCAUCAAUGAAAAACUUAACUACCUCAGUCAGUGUACUGGGGGUGUGUAGCCAAGCCUAUCCAUGCUCUAAAGUAACUUCAAUAACACCUGUUCCUGGUCAAGGAACCUGCCCAAUAUUCAAACACUUUAAUGUGGUGUAGCCUGAAGGAGUAUUGGAUUUUUGAGACCUAGAUUUAAAUCCCACCCGGGGCCACCACUUGUGAGGUUUCCGAGCUGGUCACCUGACCUCUGAGCGUCGAGGUAAUUUCCUACACUUCCUACCUCAUGGCUGACGAAAAGAUGACAAAGCGGAAACACGCAAAUACGCCUCCCCCUCCAAACCCAAGCUAGGUGAUUCGAGAAGACUUCCCCCAAAGCCUGGGGGACCUCCAGGCUGAAAUCAGCGCCGACCAGCCAGAACACCUACUCUCAGCUGGUUUCCGGGGCGGAGCCCGAGUUCAUAGCCACCCGUCCGCGCGCUUCUCUUUUAAAAUGUGUCGAGUGUAAGCGCGCCACAAAGCGUCACCGGAGAAGGCGGGACUUCCGGGAGGCGCGCCACCAAUGCGGCCUGCGAUCGACCAGUCUAGCUCAGACGUAGCUGUCUGAGGGGACAGGUCUCAAGCUGUCGGGUAGGGCUAGACCCCGCGAUCACAGCCAUGGCCACGGCCGCCCCCACCACGUUUGGACAGGCGGUGAUCGGGCCUCCAGGCUCUGGGAAGACCACGUACUGCCUGGGAAUGAGCACCUUCCUGGCCGGGCUGGGCCGGCAAGUAGCUGUGGUCAACCUAGACCCCGCCAAUGAAGGCACGCCGUACGCAUGCGCCGUGGACAUCGGCGAACUGGUGACACUACCCGAUGUGAUGGAGGCACUCAAGCUGGGGCCCAACGGCGGCCUCGUGUACUGCAUGGAGUACUUGGAAGCCAACCUGGACUGGCUACACGACCGCCUGGCGCCGCUCCGCGGCCACUACCUGCUCUUCGACUGCCCCGGCCAGGUGGAGCUGUGCACGCACCACGGCGCUCUGCGCAGCGUCUUCGCGCAGCUAGCUCGGUGGGGUUUCCGGCUGACUGCUGCCCACCUUGUGGAUUCUCACUACUGUACAGACCCGGCCAAAUUCAUCUCUGUGCUGUGCACCUCUUUGUCCACCAUGUUGCAUGUUGAGCUGCCCCAUGUCAACAUCCUCUCCAAGAUGGACCUCAUUGAGCAGUUUGGGAAGCUGGCCUUCAACCUGGAUUACUACACUGAAGUCCUAGACCUCACCUAUCUGCUUGACCACCUGGCCUCAGACCCCUUCUUCCGUCAUUACCGACAGCUCAAUGAGAAGCUGGUGCAGCUGAUUGAAGACUAUAGCCUGGUCUCUUUCAUCCCUCUCAAUAUCCAGGACAAGGAAAGUGUCCAGCGGGUGCUGCAGGCAGUAGACAAGGCCAAUGGCUACUGCUUUGGUGUGGCUGAGCAGCGGAGUCUGGAGGCCAUGAUGUCUGCUGCCGUGGGAGCCGACUUCCACUUCACCUCCACACUGGGAAUCCAGGAGAAGUACCUUCAGACCCCAGAAGAAGAAUCAGUGGGACCAGAAGACAUGCGUUUGUAGGGGUGAAAGCAAGAGCAGCACCCCUGGAUCCAGAAAAUGGUGGAUCAUGGCAAGCAGGCCCUGGAGCAGGGCCAGAAACACAGCCUCAGCGAUCCGGAGCCGGGACCUACAGUGGCCCAGCCAAGGACUCCGAAGCCCCAACGGGGAUGCUCUGAGGUAGACUGCAGGCCAUGACCAAGCGGGCAGAGGUGGGCAUCUGGCCUCUCUGCCGUGGGUUGGCCUUGGCACACCCACCGUGGGGAACAAAGCGCCCUGACCCCCCCCCCCUCCCCCCGGGCAGCUUCACUUACUGCGAAAGCUCCUUUAAAUACACGGGAUUUAUCAGC